AACUGCCGAGUCAAUCAGAACCAAACUGAAAGUCGACGGAAGUCGGCGGAAAAACGUGUCUCCCUCCCAAAACCCGCCGCACUUAAUUGACGAUGGGUCUGAAAGCGUUGAGUGAACGUCCUUCGACUAUUUGCGUUCUCGUUUUUGGAUUUGCUUUGCUCGUCACCGUAAUAUCCGGUGUAAAUUCAGAUGUGAUCUCCAUCGCUCAAUCGUUCUUCACCGUGUCAGAGAAUAGUGCUGUGACGAUAUAUGCCACACGUAGUGGAGGGUCUACAGCUAGCUCUCUUCGGGCAUAUACUGAAGAGGGUGGAGCAACCUCUCCCGAAGACUUUGAUGCAUUUGAUGAUCUUCUGUCUUUUUCGAAUGAUGUUUUGGACGUUCCUGUGAUGAUUAAGGCUGAUGAGAUGCCGGAGCCCACCGAGUGCUUCAUGGUGAACUUUGAGGAGCCCUCUGGCAUCAGAGUCUCUUCCAAUGUCACUAUCUGCAUCCGAGAUGAUGACGAUCCGUGCACUUGCCCUACUUGUGAUGCUGACCAGUGUCAGAAUGGCGGUACGUGUAUGGAUGCAGGAGAAGCAGACAUCUCAUGUCAAUGUCCUGGGGAUUGGAGAGGAAGCAGGUGUCACAUACCAGGGCAGUGCAUCUUGCAAACUGAUGACUGCUUGCAAGAAUGCGUGGGUGUCGUGGGAGGAUCUUUCGAGUGCGCUUGCUACGAUAACUUCACGCUUCAGAAUGACAGUUCUUGCUCACCUCAAUUUGCUUGCAGUAGUUGCGUCAAUGGCAUCUGUGUCUAUAGGGCUAACGCAGUAUGCGAGUGUAAUCGUGGGUAUAGACUGAACGCUGGAGAUGCCUUUCAGUGCGAUGACAUCGACGAAUGUUUUGAGCUGACUGAUCGCUGUGAUGAAAACAGCCGUUGCAAUAACACUGUAGGGGGGAGCUACGAGUGCAUUUGUGACGAAGCCUACGUACUAAACGCCGACCGACGCUCUUGCACUGUUGAUAGCGGUAGCCUGUGUGGGACGGUGGGCGGAUUUGGUUGUAGUUGCUCUUCUUCCUUUGACUUUAUCAACGGAACGCUAGUGACGACUGAGCGAUGCUUCUGCAGUCAAGUCGGAUGGGGCGGACCCACCUGUCAGACAGAAAUAAACUGUGGGGCUGACACACCGACAUCUGUCUGCGUAAACGGUGGAACAUGCACCGAGAUUCCACCUUCCUGGAAAGGUCUUCGCUACUGCAGAUGCUUGUCUGGAUUUACGGGCAAAGUCUGUGAAAUUACUUGUCCAGCUGACAUUCAAGUUUACGAAUUGUCCGGUCAAGGACGAGCAAAUGUGGUGUGGUCACCUGGGCUGUACAGCAAUCACACCAAGUUUGGUGCAUUGACCGCAAACGACUUCAUCUGCACGAAUCAGAGUGGCCAUCGAGUGUCGUCUGGCGGCUCGUACUUGCUGGGCGAGAGCAGUGUGAGUUGCCAGCCGAAUCGGACUGUUACUCGCUCGAGAGGAUCCUGUGAGUUCACCGUCACAGUGCUGCUAGACAUCGACGAAUGUUUUGAGCUGACUGAUCGCUGUGAUGAAAACAGCCGUUGCAAUAACACCGCAGGGAACUACGAGUGCAUUUGUGACGAAGCCUACGUACUAAACGCCGACCGACGCUCUUGCACUGUUGAUAGCGGUAGCCUCUGUGGGACGGGCGUAGUUGGUUGUGAUUGCAUUACUGGCAUUGAGCUUAUCAACGGAAUGGCAGUGACGCAUGUGCGAUGCUCCUGCAGUGUCGGAUGGGGCGGACCCACCUGUCAGACAGAAAUAAACUGUGGGGCUGACACACCGACAUCUGUCUGCGUAAACGGUGGAACAUGCAUCGAGAUUCCACCUUCCCGGAAUGGUCGUCGCAAGUGCAGAUGCUUGUCUGGAUUUACGGGCAAAGUCUGUGAAAUUACUUGUCCAGCUGACAUUCAAGUUUACGAAUUGUCCGGUCAAGGACGAGCAAAUGUGGUGUGGUCACCUGGGCUGUACAGCAAUCACGACAAGUUUGGUGCAUUGACCGCAAACGACUUCAUCUGCACGAAUCAGAGUGGCCAUCGAGUGUCGUCUGGCGGCUCGUACUUGCUGGGCGAGAGCAGUGUGAGUUGCCAGCCGAAUCGGACUGUUACUCGCUCGAGAGGAUCCUGUGAGUUCACCGUCACAGUGCUGCCAGACAUCGACGAAUGUUUUGAGCUGACUGAUCGCUGUGAUGAAAACAGCCGUUGCAAUAACACUGUAGGGGGGAGCUACGAGUGCAUUUGUGACGAAGCCUACGUACUAAACGCCGACCGACGCUCUUGCACUGUUGAUAGCGGUAGCCUGUGUGGGACGGGCGUUGUUGGUUGUGAUUGCAUUACUGGCAUUGAUUUUAUCAACGGAAUGGCAGUGACGACUGUGCGAUGCUCCUGCAGCGUUGGAUGGGGCGGACCCACCUGUCAGACAGAAAUAAACUGUGGGGCUGACACACCGACAUCUGUCUGCGUAAACGGUGGAACAUGCAUCGAGAUUCCACUUUCCCGGAAUGGUCGUCGCAAGUGCAGAUGCUUGUCUGGAUUUACGGGCAAAGUCUGUGAAAUUACUUGUCCAGGUGACAUUCAAGUUUACGAAUUGUCCGGUCAAGGACGAGCAAAUGUGGUGUGGUCACCUGGGCUGUACAGCAAUCACACCAAGUUUGGUGCAUUGACCGCAAACGACUUCAUCUGCACGAAUCAGAGUGGCCAUCGAGUGUCGUCUGGCGGCUCGUACUUGCUGGGCGAGAGCAGUGUGAGUUGCCAGCCGAAUCGGACUGUUACUCGCUCGAGAGGAUCCUGUGAGUUCACCGUCACAGUGCUGCCAGACAUCGACGAAUGUUUUGAGCUGACUGAUCGCUGUGAUGAAAACAGCCGUUGCAAUAACACUGUAGGGGGGAGCUACGAGUGCAUUUGUGACGAAGCCUACGUACUAAACGCCGACCGACGCUCUUGCACUGUUGAUAGCGGUAGCCUCUGUGGGACGGGCGUAGUUGGUUGUGAUUGCAUUACUGGCAUUGAGCUUAUCAACGGAAUGGCAGUGACGCAUGUGCGAUGCUCCUGCAGUGUCGGAUGGGGCGGACCCACCUGUCAGACAGAAAUAAACUGUGGGGCUGACACACCGACAUCUGUCUGCGUAAACGGUGGAACAUGCAUCGAGAUUCCACCUUCCCGGAAUGGUCGUCGCAAGUGCAGAUGCUUGUCUGGAUUUACGGGCAAAGUCUGUGAAAUUACUUGUCCAGCUGACAUUCAAGUUUACGAAUUGUCCAGUCAAGGACGAGCAAAUGUGGUGUGGUCACCUGGGCUGUACAGCAAUCACGACAAGUUUGGUGCAUUGACCGCAAACGACUUCAUCUGCACGAAUCAGAGUGGCCAUCGAGUGUCGUCUGGCGGCUCGUACUUGCUGGGCGAGAGCAGUGUGAGUUGCCAGCCGAAUCGGACUGUUACUCGCUCGAGAGGAUCCUGUGAGUUCACCGUCACAGUGCUGCCAGACAUCGACGAAUGUUUUGAGCUGACUGAUCGCUGUGAUGAAAACAGCCGUUGCAAUAACACUGUAGGGGGGAGCUACGAGUGCAUUUGUGACGAAGCCUACGUACUAAACGCCGACCGACGCUCUUGCACUGUUGAUAGCGGUAGCCUGUGUGGGACGGGCGUAGUUGGUUGUGAUUGCAUUACUGGCAUUUACUUUAUCAACGGAAUGGCAGUGACGACUGUGCGAUGCUCCUGCAGCGUUGGAUGGGGCGGACCCACCUGUCAGACAGAAAUAAACUGUGGGGCUGACACACCGACAUCUGUCUGCGUAAACGGUGGAACAUGCAUCGAGAUUCCACCUUCCCGGAAUGGUCGUCGCAAGUGCAGAUGCUUGUCUGGAUUUACGGGCAAAGUCUGUGAAAUUACUUGUCCAGCUGACAUUCAAGUUUACGAAUUGUCCGGUCAAGGACGAGCAAAUGUGGUGUGGUCACCUGGGCUGUACAGCAAUCACACCCAGUUUGGUGCAUUGACCGCAAACGACUUCAUCUGCACGAAUCAGAGUGGCCAUCGAGUGUCGUCUGGCGGCUCGUACUUGCUGGGCGAGAGCAGUGUGAGUUGCCAGCCGAAUCGGACUGUUACUCGCUCGAGAGGAUCCUGUGAGUUCACCGUCACAGUGCUGCCAGACAUCGACGAAUGUUUUGAGCUGACUGAUCGCUGUGAUGAAAACAGCCGUUGCAAUAACACUGUAGGGGGGAGCUACGAGUGCAUUUGUGACGAAGCCUACGUACUAAACGCCGACCGACGCUCUUGCACUGUUGAUAGCGGUAGCCUGUGUGGGACGGGCGUUGUUGGUUGUGAUUGCAUUACUGGCAUUGAUUUUAUCAAUGGAAUGGCAGUGACGACUGUGCGAUGCUCCUGCAGCGUUGGAUGGGGCGGACCCACCUGUCAGACAGAAAUAAACUGUGGGGCUGACACACCGACAUCUGUCUGCGUAAACGGUGGAACAUGCAUCGAGAUUCCACCUUCCCGGAAUGGUCGUCGCAAGUGCAGAUGCUUGUCUGGAUUUACGGGCAAAGUCUGUGAAAUUACUUGUCCAGCUGACAUUCAAGUUUACGAAUUGUCCGGUCAAGGACGAGCAAAUGUGGUGUGGUCACCUGGGCUGUACAGCAAUCACACCAAGUUUGGUGCAUUGACCGCAAACGACUUCAUCUGCACGAAUCAGAGUGGCCAUCGAGUGUCGUCUGGCGGCUCGUACUUGCUGGGCGAGAGCAGUGUGAGUUGCCAGCCGAAUCGGACUGUUACUCGCUCGAGAGGAUCCUGUGAGUUCACCGUCACAGUGCUGCCAGCAUCAUCAUCAGGGUCUGGGUCUGGGCAACCUUCUGGAGACGGGUCUGGUAAUGAAACGACUGAAGCAUCAUCAUCAGGGUCUGGGUCUGGGCAACCUUCUGGAGACGGGUCUGGUGAUGAAACGACUGAAGCAUCUUCUUCGGGGUCUGGGUCUGGGCAAACCUCUCGAGACGGGUCUGGUGAUGAGACGACCCAAGCAAUGGAUUUCACUCCGACAAGAUCAUCAUUGAGUUCUGGGCAAAGCUCUACUGCAGCCGCAGUAAUCGAUCCAACCAUGCAAGCAUCGGAGUCGGUGACUGAUAGUCCAGGGGGAGACUCAACAACAGAGGGCGCCCCACCGGAAGUAGGAACAUCAUCAGAUGCCAACGCGUUGACUCAAGAAAUAGACUCGAGUACAGAGGCUUCUAAUGCUGAAGUCACCAAAGCACCUCACCAAACAACUAAUUCUGCCCCAAUGGUGGACUCGUUGACAACAGAAGCUGCACGACCAGCAGAUUCAUCAACUGUCGAGAUCACAACUACUCGAUCAGUAGUAGAUUCCUCAACCGCGCCUCCUCCUGAAGAGUGUCCUUUGACCCAAGCAAGCUGCCAAGAAGGUACAUUUGAUGCUGACCAUUGUGAGUGCGUCUGCCCAAUGAUGUUAUCGGGAAGAUUUUGUCAAGUUUCCAACCCAUGUUUGGUUAACAGCCUUUGCCCUGGUGACUCCCAGUAUUGUGUUGCGAACGUCCAAUCCGAUAACGGCUACACGUGCGUUUGCAAUUACUUGGACGGUUACAUCAUGAACGGAAAUGGCUUCUGCAUAAGGAAGGUUGCUCGCAUUUUUCGGCUUCGAGUGUUUGGUAUCAAUGGAGAUCCUGUCGGCUUCAUUCAGCAAUUCAUUAAUCCAAGCUCUGCUGCGAGUACAGAGGUUUUAACCGUUGGUCCUAAAGUGAUCUUCUUCUUUCUAAAACGAAGCGUACUCACAUCAGCGGUGGAAGAUGUGGUAGGCAUCCGUGUGGUUAGUGGAGGCAGUAUAAUCGUCGAGUUUGUGGCAUUGUUUCCCGAUGAGAACUCCGCACCGACUGUCUCAACUCUACAGAAUGUCCUCCAAGAAACCAGGACGUUGGAUGAUGGCUCUGACAAUCUAGAAGUCGACACCCAGUACGUCACUGACAGCCAAUCGUCUACAAGCUGCCCGCAGGACUACUGUAGCAAUGGUGGGUCGUGUGAUGUAUCGGGACUGUUCCCUGUUUUCGCUUUCACCUGCAGGUGUGCAACCUCGUUCACCGGUGAGCAAUGCGAAUCAAUCGUCCUGGCUCCUGCUACCGAUUCACCGAUGCCAUCAACAGUUGAACCACUCACCGAGUCUGCUACCCAAGACGUCUCUACAGUUUUAGUUCUCGUCCUCGUCUUCUCUGGCCUGCUGUUACUCGUCUUCAUCUUGGCCAUACUAGUCUGCCUCCACACCUUGAUGAGACAUCGCUAUCGUGCUGGUUACGUCUCCAGAUAUGAGCAACCUUCGGACCCCUACUGGACUUGGAGGAAUGAUCCAAUUCCUGUGUUCUCCACCAAUGUGGUACCUGACUACGAGCAGUCUGGCUACUACGGUGACUUCAACAAGACUCUCUUCUUGGGAAGAGACGAGGACCGGAGAAUGCGCCGACUGCAUCAGGUCAUGAGUCACUCACCUUACUUGCAGCAGGGCCUAAUGGAUUUGCCCAGCAAACAUGCAGGAUACUACAUGGCCACGGGGCACGACGCCUACUACCAAGAGAACUCCAGGGAUUUGGAAGUAGCCGGGCGUGUGGUCCGCAAUCCUAAUCCCUACUAGAUACGGCGUCAACUUGACCAGUGAUGACCACUAUCAAGAGGAUUGAAUCUUGGAGGUGUUUUUUGGUCAAGACAAAGCUUGUAUUAUAACACCUCGCCCACAGAUUCUGUGUCUUGAUUGGCCGAGAGUGAGUCGCAUGAUACUUUCAAUUUUUGCUACCUUUCUGUGCAGGGCCAAAAGUACUAUACCCGUAGCAACCAAAGUACUAUACCAUUAGCAACCAAAGUACUAUAUCCAUGG